AUGUUCGCCUCCUUCAUCAACCGCAAGAACCGCACAUCCAACCCUUCCGCCCACCCGCCGUCGCAUCCCUCCCGCCCCCAGUCCAACCUUCGCCCGCUUCGCUCCUCCUACUACCCCUCCCCUGCCGCAUCCAAGCACGCCUACUACGACCAGUCGCCAGGCGCCAUCGGCGUCCCGUCCGCCUCUACGGAGGACGCGCCCCCGCGCAAGCGCACCCGCGUCCUCCAGAGGCAGAGCGCAAACAUCGAUGGUAUCGUUCUGAGAACGCAUAGCGCACACGCUAGCUUGCACUCUUCUGCCAGUGGAAAGCUUAGCAAAGCUCGCUCUGUCAACCGCGCGCAGCUUCCGUCGACGGGACCCCCUGGGGGGAGCUCAUCUAGGGGGGGCGGCAAUAAGCCCCCGUCUCAGAAGAGGUUUCCAUGUCAGAGGUGUGAUGCUGUGUUUGCCCAGAAUGGUCAGCUUAGUAGGCAUGUCAGACGCGUGCAUGAUAAACUCAGGCCGUUUGCGUGCGAGCAUUGUGGCAGGCUGUUUGGCGCCAGAAGCGACCGCUCAAGACAUGUCACGAUUGUCCACAAGAAAGUGCGUCAGUUUCCGUGCGAGCGUUGCGGGUUUGAGUUUCAAGCCAAGACGCAUCUGGAAGCCCACGUACGUACCGUGCACGACGGACAGCGCCCAUACAGCUGCAACCAGUGCGGCUUUUCUUUUGGCUUGCGGUCUAACCUACUCACGCACCAGCGCGCGGUGCACGAGAAGGAAGCCAAGUGGAUCUGUCCAACGUGCCAGACCGCCUUCAACCGCAAGCACGACAUGCAUCGUCACCAGAAACUCAUGCACGAGGGGAGCCCGGCCUCGGCCUCGGCGAGCAGAAAGCGCUAGACGACUCAGUAAAACAGCACAAAUAGGCUUGCCCUGCCGCCGUUUUUUCG